CACCUCUGCCACGGCCCAUCACCCGGCAUUGUCACCUCCUCCCACAGCUGCGGGUCGUUCAGGGGCUCCCUGGUCCAUGGGAGAAGCUGACCUGGCUCCCGGAAUUCCUGCCAACGGUCUUACCCGCAUUCGACGGCACUUGCAGGAUGUUGGAACCCCUCCUCCUCUAGCCGCUGGCCCUCCCAUUCCAAGAUGCCUCUCUCUGUCUUAGUCCAUAGGACAUGACAAAGACUCGACUGACGCGAUCCAGCCUGAGACACGUCUCCGGCGGCGCGAGGGGAGAGCUCCUCAGGGUGUCCCGAUCAGUGACAUCAGAAUAUCCGCUUCCAUGGCGCCCCCCCACCUGGCUGGUGUAGUCGGCGGCGGCCUUAUCUGAGCCGCCCCUAAAUCCUCGUUGCUUCCCCUCGAUCCCCCACCCCACGCGUGUUCCAUUGCGAGAAUACACGCAGACGAGAGAUCGGAUACAUACCGACUGUGUGCCCGCAAUGUCUACUCCGCCUCAGAAUGUCGUAGUGGAGCCCGACGAUUUCAACGACAACGACUCAUCGCUGGGAGAUGAUGGCACGUCGUCGACGGCAAGCCUGAAUAGCUCCAUCCUCGACUACCGCAAAGAGAACGGUCGCACGUAUCACCGAUACCGCGAUGGGAAGUACCACUUUCCCAACGAUGAGGCCGAGAACGAGAGACUAGACCUUCAACACCACAUUUUCGAUCUCUCCUUCGACGGCAAGCUAGGAUUGGCUCCCCCCAACGACCCCGAUGCCGAAGUCGGCCGCGUCCUGGACCUCGGGACAGGCACGGGCAUCUGGGCCAUGGACUACGGCGACGAUCACCCCGGGGCCGAGGUCAUCGGUGUCGACCUGUCACCCACGCAGCCGCAGUUCGUCCCGCCUAACGUCAAGUUCGAGAUCGACGACAUCGAGGACAGCUGGACGUACUCGCAGCCGUUCGACUACAUCCACAGCCGCAUGAUGAACACCAGCAUCUCCAACUGGGAGGAGUACCUCCGCCAAUCCUUUGAACACCUCAACCCCGGCGGCUGGCUCGAGCUCCAGGAAUUCGCCCUGCCCGUCUCCGACGACGACACCCUGACCGAGGAGCACGCCCUCUACCAGUCCAUGAAGUACCUCGGCGAGGCCGCCGCCAAGACGAACCGGGCCUUCGUCGACCUCGACGCCCUCAAGCCCAUGAUGGAGGCCGCCGGCUUCGUCGGCGUCGCCGAGAUGCGCUUCAAGUGGCCCAGCAACACGUGGCCGCGCCACCCCAAGUUCAAGGAGCUCGGCGCCUGGAACUACGAGAACAUCACCACCGGCCUGCAGGGGUUCCUCAUGGCCGCCCUGACGCGCGGACUCGGCUGGAGGGCCGACGAGGUCAACGUGCUCGCGGCGCAGGCCCGAAAGGACGUCGGCGACAAGAGCAUCCACGCGUACUGGCCCAUGUGA